AUGGAGAGGAUGGCUCGCCGUCGUCCUCCCGCAGGCAGGAUCUGCUUCGCAUUUCUCUCUAUAUCGCUUCUGACCACUGAGUGUGGCCCUUCUUUCCUCCCCGCUCUUCAGCUUGCUGCCGGUCUCUCGGCGCCCUGGAGCGCGGAGCUCCGGCGCGGAUGGUCUGUGAGGACUCCCGACAAUCCAACUGCCCUGUUUAGUUCGCCUUUUUUUGCGUUAGCGACGCCUCGACAGACUUCUCUGCUACGUCUGGCUUCUUCGCUCGUUUCUCCGCUCUCCGCGCUGUCUUCGCCGCCUGCACCUCGCUCUCACGGCUCUCCUUCCUGCUCAUCCGCUGCGUCCUGGCUGCCACUUUCGCCGUCGCCUUCGCGGACUCCCGGCAUGACCGGCGCCCGGAGAACUCGAUGCGUUCAAACGGCUCACGCCAACCACAGUCAAGAGAGCGCGCGUUAUGUCAGAAGGCGUUUCUUUGCAUGCGUAGCGUCAAUACACUCUGCAACACAUGCGACGAGGCAAAUCCGAACACUUCACGCGACGCCACGCCGCACAGCCCACCGCCGGUGUACCUACACUGGAGGGCUGAGUGAUGUGGAUACUCAAGCGGAAGAGAGAGCAUUCGGCGCGUUUCUUGUUUCGCGCGCGAUGCAUGCUCUCCCUGUGUCUCGCUCCAAACCUGGUUCAAAGCGCGUGGCUGUUCCCUGCCGCUCAGCCGCUCGCUGCUCACUCCGUCUUCCCUCUCCCCGCGAGGAGGUGUUUUCUGCUGCUCCCCAACUUCGCCGUGCGGAGCAGCUGGGAUUCAUGGUGGUUCUAUUGCCUUCAAAAGCAGCGAGCCUUUCCGUCGCCUUCUCCUCCUUCUUCUCCUCCCACGGGCUUGGCCACUCGGCUGCGAUUUCCUCCCGUACACCCGAAGCUCGGCGCACGUUGUUGCUUUCUGCUGCGGUCCCGCCUUCGAGUGCCCCGGAGUCUGCUUCGGCUGCUGCUUCGCCUGCGCCCAGUUCCGCGUCUGUGUCUCCUGCGUCUCCUGGUUUAGGCCAAGCGCCUGCGUCGCCGCGCCGCCUUAACAUUGGCGAGCGGCGUCGCCUGGAUCGCAUGCAGAAUUGGUUCAAGCAGUACCCCUACGCGCCCGAGCCGCCGGUGCCGCCUAAGCAGAAGAGCACGAUGAAAAUCAACGUCGACCCAGACAAUAUCUCUCCCGAUCGGCUUCCGCUGCCAUCGAGACGCCUGCCGUCUUCGCUUCGGUGGAAGGCACUCGCGGGCACUGCUGCGCCCGCCCCCGUCACUCUCGCAGCCGCCGGAGCUGCCGUGGAAGCUGCGCACGAAGCUGUGCGUACACUGCAGGCGGGCGGGAUGCCUCGCAGGCGAAAAGGCAAGAACCGGAAGAUGAAGAAGGUCGCUCUCGCGCGCGCGGCGGUCGCCGCCGCGGUCGCUGCCCAGAAGGCGCCGGGGCUGGCGGCCCUUAAGGCCGCUGCUGCAUCCGCAGAGCGCCUCGUCUCAUCUCCGCUGUCCACUGAGUCUCUUGCAUCUGCGGGCAACUCCGUCUCUGAAGACGGAAUCCCAGACCCCGUCGCGGUAGGAGCCGCGGACGCCGCAGCGUUGUUACCUUCCUCGCCUUCUUCCUCUUCGGCCGCCGAGCGAGAAACGGGCGGCAGCGGGGCGUCUGCGGAGGGACAGCGCUCGUCGCUCUUAUCUGUGCUGUAUCCUUCUCGGGACGCAGCGUAUCCGCCGGAUCUAGCAGUCUUUCUAGUUAAGCAGCUGAGCACUGCAAAAUUCACUGAGACAGUCGAGCUGCAUGCGCAGCUGAACCUGGGAACCGGCACCCGGGGGAAGGCGCGCAAAGGCGGCGGCUCGAACGUCUCAGGCAGAGUGAGGGGAUUCGUAACGCUGCCGCACGGUCAGCUGGGGCAGCUCGCCGCUCUCCACCCGCAAGACGCUUACGCGGAGAAGACGCCCGCGUCGGGCGAGACGGCAGAACAGGCCGCCGAGGAGGACGGAGACGCGGCGCACGCAGACGAGGAAUGCAGAGAGGAGGACGAAGGGCAUGUAGGGCGCGCCGCGCGCCUAGGCCGGGGAGACUGCGGAGAGAGGAGCCCCGAAACGCCGCGCAAGGCGCAGGACGAGAAGGCGAAUGCCCAGGCGGAGUCGGCGCCGCUUUUAGGCGGCGUCAUCAACGUCAAGCCUGAGUCUGGCGUCGUGAGAGGCAACAAGCGGGGAGGGAUUUGGAGGCGAAAGCGAGUCAUUGCUGCGUUUGUAGACAAGAAGGACGAAGCGGCAGCCCUCGAAGCGGGGGCUAACAUGGUCGGUGCGGAAAGGAUUCUGGAGGAGAUUCGAACGAACAAAAUUUCCUUUGAAGUUCUCAUCUCCACCCCAGAUAUGGUAGCUCGUCUGACGCGAUACGGCAAGAUACUCGGGCCGAAAGAUUUGAUGCCGCAGACGGCGUGGGGCACAUUAACGCCCGAUUUCGCGGGGGCAAUUCGUUUGUAUAGACAAACGACGAUCCCAUACAAGGCAGAUCGCUUCAACAUUAUCCACAUGCCCAUCGGCUUAGUGUCCAUGAGCAACGAAGAACUUCGGGAGAACCUUGAUGCAGCCAUAGCGUCCAUCAACGCCCGCCGUCCCCCCUCCGCAGGCAACAAAUUCUUCAACAAAAUCCACAUAAGCUCCACCAUGGGGCCUGGCAUCUUUAUUGACAUGCACCAUGUCAAGCUCACUGCAGCCGCAGCAGCGCGAGGCACGCAGCGCCGCUGA